GACAGGGGAGCUGGGGCUGGGAGGGGCGGACGCGAGCGCCCGGGUGCGCGGCGCUGUUUCCGCCCCCCCGCGACGCGACGGGUGGUCACGUGAUGGCCGCGCGCGUCCCCGGCCGCUGCGGGCUGUAAGGCCGAGGAGAAGAGACUGCGAGGCGGCCACGGCUGUGGCCUGAGAGCACAGGAUGAACCAGCAGUGGAAGAGCAAAUACUGUAAAAUGGCUGCAUGGCGGUAGAAAUGACACCUUACUUUUGUGACGAGCACCUGUAGAGUCUGUAAUAGAAAGGAUGGCUGGCUGUGGUGAAAUUGAUCACUCAGUAAACAUGCUUCCUACCAACAGGAAAGCGAAUGAGUCCUGUUCUAAUACUGCACCUUCUCUAACUGUCCCUGAAUGUGCCAUUUGUCUGCAAACAUGUGUUCACCCAGUCAGUCUGCCUUGUAAACAUGUUUUCUGCUAUCUGUGUGUAAAAGGAGCUUCAUGGCUUGGAAAGCGAUGUGCCCUCUGUCGACAAGAAAUUCCUGAGGAUUUCCUUGACAAGCCCACCUUACUGUCACCAGAAGAACUCAAAGCAGCAAGUAGAGGGAAUGGUGAAUAUGCAUGGUAUUAUGAAGGAAGAAACGGGUGGUGGCAGUAUGAUGAACGCACUAGUAGAGAGCUGGAAGAUGCUUUCUCCAAAGGUAAAAAGAGCACUGAAAUGUUAAUUGCUGGAUUUCUGUAUGUUGCUGAUCUUGAAAAUAUGGUUCAAUAUAGGCGAAAUGAACAUGGACGUCGCAGGAAAAUUAAGCGGGACAUAAUAGAUAUACCAAAGAAGGGAGUAGCUGGACUUAGGCUGGACUGUGAUGCUAAUACCGUAAACUUAGCAAGAGAGAGCUCUGCUGAUGGAGCGGACAGUGUAUCGGCACAGAGUGGAGCUUCUGUUCAGCCUCUAGUGUCUUCUGUAAGGCCCCUGACAUCAGUAGAUGGUCAGUUAACAAGCCCUGCAACACCAACCCCUGAUGCAAGCACUUCUCUGGAAGACUCUUUUGCUCAUUUACAGCUCAUUGGAGACAGCCUGGCUGAAAGGAGCCACAGGGGGGAAGGAGAAGAUCGUGAAUUACCAUCUUCAGGCAGGGUACCAGCACCAGAUACUUCCAUUGAAGAAACUGAAUCAGACGCCAGUAGUGAUAGUGAGGAUGUAUCAGCGCUUAUUGCACAACACUCCUUGACCCAACAGAGACUCUUGGUUCCUAACACAAACCAGACAGUAUCUGAUCGAGCAGAUCGAUCAGGAACUGAUGGAUCACUAGCAGGGGGUGUAACAGUGAGUAGCACUGUUAGAUCUAGAAGGCCUGAUGGACAGUGCACAGUAACUGAAGUUUAAAUAAAAAACUCUUCAGCUCCACUCAAGGUUAAAAUGAGUAUCUGUAAAUUUCUGCCCACAUAACAUUAUACUCAUCCCUAAUAAUACAUUUUGGGAGUUGGGGUGGGAAGGGGUAUAGGAAGGAUAGAUCUGUAAUUAAAAUGUCUAACAUGUCUCUGUUGAGAAAUUUAUUUAAUAUAAGGAACUUGGGUGUUAAUAGUUGAGAGUUGUUUAGUAAUAACCCAGUUUUCUUGAGGUCUGUUUAUUUUAUAGUUUUUAAAGAUUUCUAAAGUUCUUUUGGCCGGCGUGUGUGUAUUAUCUGUGCAUUUAAUCGUCCCAUCUGACUCUUGCAUUUUGUCUUACUUUUCUGCAUGGAUUGACUUAAAACCAUUAACUAAAAUUUGGCACCUAUGAGAUGUCUGGUAUCAGUUUUAACAGGAAGCUUAAUGUGAGAAUACAUGUGAAUUUGGGAUUUUAAAAUAGACAAAAACUUUAAUAGUAAAGUUACUGAAAUGGAAUGUAAAGAACACCUAAUAACUUAAUGUUCCAUAAUCUUGUCUGUAAUACAUUUCAUGGCGUCCCCAUAGACUUUGCUGUCUAGUCCUUGUAAUUUGAUGUUUCUCUUGAUCCACAGUUUUCUUUUUGAUUACAAAAUUUAUAAUUUAAUAAAUACUAGAGUUUACCAAAAAUAAAUUGUCUCUUGCUUAGGUCUGGAAAGGGGAUGGAGACAUUUUGACAUCUGUGGCCAAAGGUCACUAAAAAUUGUGGUCAUUUCAAGUGGUGGUAUUCAGUUUAAACAAGUCACCUGCUCAAAGAAGUCUGGUUUUUUCAUAGGAAGCAUUUAAACAGAAUCUGCAGGCAGUGUGCAUGGAGUAAAUAAACUUGGAACUAAAUGAAAAGCCUAUGAGAUGAAUUUCUUAAAUAAUUGUAGUAGAGAAUAUGAUUUUUCUUGCCAGUCUUCAUUAGCAGUCUAACACUCAUCUGAAUUAAAUUAAAUGCUAGGCUUACUUAUAAACAGCAUUCAUAGACACAAAUUCACUUUAUACAAAAUGCUGUAGAACCUGUGGCAAAGUAGGAAGUAUUGGUUUUACUUGGUAACUCAGAAUUUGAUUCUGCAAAAAAGUAAUGUAAGUUGGUCUUACUACAUUUUCCUAACUCAAAACAGUAGGAUCAUGUUGAUGAGGCUUAUGUAAGCGUUUAAUAUGAUUUUGAAGUGUGAAUUGAGUUUUACAAAUAGCAAAUAAAAACUGUCGCUACUUUGAAAUUA